AUGAACAGAAACGUAGAGGACAAGCUUUACUCCGGUGUGGUUCGUCCCAUCGACGAAGCCGUAAGAGGUCUCGAGAACAGGAUCUCUCUCAAGAUCAAAGCCGCCAAGAUCCCCGAAAAGAAGAAUGCGGUGAUGCCGCUCCGGCCCGCCUAUGGCUCCAAGGGUAUUCCCGUUACGCUGUGGACCAACUACGUCGAGAUGACAUUUGGCAAAGGAAAGGAUCUCGUUCUUUACAAGUACAGCAUCGCCAUCUCUCCUCCGGAGGCUGGCAAGAAGCAACAGCGAAUCAUACAACUCUUUUUGGAGAAGUGGAAGCAAGACUUGCCCAACUUUGGUCAGAUUUACUCCGACUUCAAGUCCUUUCUUAUUUCAACCAUGGAGCUGGACCUCGAUGAGCUUGAAGUCAUCAAGAACAGCUCGCUAGACUUCAUCAAAGAUGGACACACGGAAGCCCCCAAGAACCCAGACACUUACAGGGCCAAGGUGGAGGCUCAGGGCGAGUUCAACGUUCAGAACUUCCUUAAAUACUUGUCGGAGGAGCAAGCCGCGCCCACAUUCGCCAACAAGUUGGACAUGAUACAGGUUCUCAACAUCUUCCUCAACCACUACAACAAGACCAACAAGUCGGUCGUGGCCGUCGGCGCCAACAGGACAUUCAGUCUUGACCCCCAACGCCCACCUCCUGGCAGCCAACCGAGCAGGGACAGGAGUGCCAGGGCGUCUGGUGAGGUGAUGGAUCUGGGUGGAGGUCUUGAAGCACUUCGUGGUUUCUUCACCAGCAUUCGGCCUGCGACCGGUCGACUACUCAUCAACAUCAACGUCACCAGUGCUGCAUUCUACAAGCAGGGUACACUCGCCAACCUGGUCAAUUCUUUUGGUACCGGCUCGCUGUUCAAUCUGGACAAGUUCCUCAAGCGUCUUCGGGUGGAGCCAACUCACCUGGAAUCCAAGACGAGUCAGGGGGGUGCAGGCAGCAGCAAGUCUUCCCGCAAGCGGUACAGAACAAUCUUUGGAUUGGCGCGUGAGGGUGACGGUGCUUCCAUGCCGGCCAACGAGCGACCCAAGAUUUCUAUGUUUGGUGCUGGCCCAGGUCUCAUUAUGUUUUGGUUUGCCAGGGAAGGCCAGAAGGGACGCUACGUCACUGUCACGCAGUACUUCCAACAAACCUACGGCAUUACCCUCAACCCACGCCUCCCGGUGAUAAACGUCGGCAAUCGAGAAAGGCCAACCUACUUCCCCAUCGACAUUUGCAAUGUUUUUCCGGGCCAAGUUGCACGAGAGAAGCUCACGCCGGCCCAGAUGGAGCAGAUGGUCGAGUUUGCUGCCCAGCGUCCCUGGUUCAACGCGGAGCAGAUUACAAGAUCAGGUCUCCUCCUGACUGGAGCCUCGAAUACUGUCAACAAUUACUUGUCGGAAAACAACAUCAAAGUGGGAACAGAGCUUAUCACUGUCCCAGGACGCGUUCUUCCCCAACCCAAGCCUCAAUACGCCCAUGGAUCCGAGGUGAGCAUGAGUGCAGGAGGCUGGAACAUGAGGAACUGCAGGUUCUUCAAGGUCGCAGGCGACGUGAAACCUCGACCCUGGGGCUGCCUCACCUUGGAUAGACGAUAUCAAAUGAAUUCCCCGUAUUUGGAAUCGCAAGUCAACGCAUUCCACACGCAUCUGCGAAAAGCCGGACUCAACCUCGAAACAUGUCAGAUUCGAGGCUGCAACGUGGGCAUGGGCACCUCGCAGGAUUUCUCUGCCCUGGACGCAAUGUUUUCUCGUUGCCGGCCACAAAGGUUAAAUACUGGUCAAAUCCUGCGUGUGCUCGACUUUGUACUGGUCAUACUCCCUGACAAGGAUGCCUCUCUUUACAACAUGAUCAAAUACCUGGGGGACGUUCUGUACGGCGUGCCGACGGUGUGCGUUGCAACUCGAACCUUUUUCCCUGCCAAAGGAUCAGAUCAGAUGUUUGGCAAUUUGGGCCUCAAGAUCAACUUGAAGCUUGGUGGAGUCAACCACAAGAUUGAAAAUUCCCUUCUUGGCAUCGUGGCACAGGGCAAGACCAUGAUUGUCGGCAUCGACGUCACUCACCCGGCCGCCGGUGCCACGGCAGCCCCGAGCAUUGCGGCCAUGGUUGCAAGCACCGACAGUAAUCUUGCCCAGUGGCCGGGCGAGGUUUCCAUUCAAACACAGGCUAGGAAGGAACAGGUCGACGCGCUGACAAGCAUGCUCCAGAACAGACUCAAAAUCUGGAAAGCGAGGAACAAUCAGUCUCUGCCCGACAACAUCCUCGUCUACCGAGACGGCGUCUCUGAGGGUCAGUACGCCAUGGUGCAGCAGAUAGAGAUUCCGCUGCUGGAGAAGGCGUGCGAAGCCGAGUACAGCCCCGGCAAGAAGCCCAACAUGACGGUCGUGGUCGUCGGCAAGCGGCACCACACGCGCUUCUAUCCGACCUCGACGGCCCGUCCCAACAUGGUCAAAAACAACGUCGCCCCGGGAACCGUUGUCGACCGCGGCAUCACCGAGGCGCACACUUGGGACUUUUUCCUGCAGUCUCACGAAGCCCUCAAGGGCACCGGCCGGCCUGCACACUACAUCGUCCUCAUGGACGAGAUCUUUCGCCCGGGUUUCGAGAGCGGCGUGAAAAUUCCGAUCCGCAGCGGGCCCUCACGCGGCGGUGGCCUGGGCAACAGCAUGCACCGGGGCGGCGGUAUUAGCAGGGGUGGUGGAGGCAACAGAGGUGGUGGCAUGGGACAGGGGGCAUCUGGCCACGGCGCCGCGCAGCUCAACGAGGCAGACACGCUCGAGAUGUUGACUUACUCUCUGUGCAGCGUGUUUGGACGCGCGACGCGGUCUGUGAGCUACGCGACGCCCGCAUACUUUGCCGAUAUUUUGUGCGAGCGCGGCCGCUGCUGGCUCGCAGCGUAUCUGGCGGUGCGCCGGCCCAUGGACGAUGCCGAGACGGCGUCUGUGCUGAGCGCAGGGGAGAUUCGCAAGAUUACGAACCCUCAGGCCAAGCAGGAGGCGCAGCAGAAGCUUCUUGAAGUGCAGCAGCAGGGGAGGAAGGCUGCCAUGGAGGCUUGUCGCGUGCAUCCUGCACUCAAAGAUACCGUGUUUUACCUGUGA